UUCCAGCAGCAACUCACUCACUCCCCAGGCAGGCACAGAUGUCAGGACUCCGGUGCAGGCCACAGGUAGAUCCUCAUUUGCCCCUCCCACUUCCCUGAUAAAUUCUUUUUCUCCUCCUCCAGGGACUUUCCUAACUUCCUUCUGUAAAUGAAGGAAGGAGCACAUGAACAGACUGUAUAUAAAUCUGCUUGGGAAAGCUCGCUUCUCUUCUCCUUCUUCUUUUUUUUUUUUUUUCUCUCUCUCUUAAACCAAACUUGGUUUCUGUUGUAGGCGGUGCAUUCCCUUGCAGGGCAGGGCCAGGGGGAGAGGGAAAGGGGAGGAGAAGGCAGAGUGAUUAACUCGCCCACUGUGCAAGCUUCUCCCCUAUUUAAUGGGGAUCCCUGACAAGGCCAAGUCAGAGGCACCUCCGGGACAGCAGCAGCAUGGCAGACGACCUGGAGCUGGGCUUUGGGGAAGCAGCCGGCAUGGAAAUGCUGUCCAAGAAGGUCUGUGGCGGCGGGCCCAAGGCCAGAGGCCAGCUGGAAGCCCGGAGCAGUGGUGUGUGCUGCCUUCUCACCUGCUGCCUGGUGUCACUUCCCAUCCUCACGGCGCUCACAGCCUACCUGCUGGUCAGCCAGCUCUGGGCCCAAGGCGAGGACUGCAUACAACUCCAACAGACCACAAAAGAACAGAGGUUUGGACCUUCACAUCAGAGAGCUUACAUACCACUCAGAGAUGACAGAGAUAAGCCGAGAGCACACCUGACAGUUGUGAGACAAACUCCUACAAAGCACCUGAAAAAUCAGUUCCCAGCUCUGCGCUGGGAACAUGAAUUAGGCUUGGCCUUCACCAAGAACCGGAUGAACUACACCAACAAAUUCCUGGUCAUCCCAGAGUCAGGAGACUACUUUGUUUACUCCCAGAUCACAUUCCGAGGAACCACUUCUGAAUGUGGUAACAUCAGCCCAGGCAGACGACAGAACAAGCCAGACUCCAUCAUUGUGGUCAUUACCAAGGUAACAGACAGCUACCCUGAGCCUGCCCAGCUCCUAACAGGGACCAAGUCUGUGUGUGAAAUAAGCAGCAGUUGGUUCCAGCCCCUGUACCUUGGAGCCAUGUUCUCCUUGCAGGAAGGGGACAAGCUGAUGGUGAAUGUCAGUGACAUCUCUUUGGUGGAUUACACAAAAGAAGACAAAACGUUCUUUGGAGCCUUCUUGCUAUAGGAGCAAAGCAGACAUUACUGUAUGAAGGGAGCCAUGCCUCCAGGUUUCCAGUUUUCUUCAUUCAUGUAUAAUUCUAGCCAAGAGUGUUUGGGGUCAGGGGUAGGGGGUAUUCCACAUGGAGAGGGGUUUAGCUAUGAAAUUUAUAGCCCUUAAAUUUAUACCGUGUAUGCCUUCCUGAUGAGAAUACUACUUGAGAAAAAAAGCAGAAGAAAAAAAUCAGAGUAUUGUGUUGAGUUUCUAUGCUGAUCGCCAAAUGAAUGUAUGAUCUACUCAGGGCAGGAUUUAAAGACUAUUCCCACACCUUCCUGGUACACUCUUGUCACCGGUAGUCCAGUUAUUAUUCAAUUUGAUCAUAAAUUCACUUUGGACAACAUCCAAAGAAAGUCCAAGAACAUGGUAUAAACCCUCUGGAGGCAAAAACCUUUUAUCAGUAUUUCCAUGUACUUUCAUGCCUAGCCUAAAAAGAAAAAUGAAAAGAGAUGAUGCUUUUUAUGAAUGUUCUCCAAAAAGGAACUGAUUUUCAUGCUAUAUAUUGCCUGCGAGAAAAGCUACCUUUCCUUUGAUUCUGUACACAGGUGUCAAAAUAAGCCAGUGUUAGUUUCACAUGCAUAUCAAAAGUACAGCAAUAGCAUAUAUUCAGCACAGCUUUCUUGGGUACUUAUUCUGGACACUUAGCUCUACCCAGAGGACACUAUGAAGAGCAAGACAGCUUCUACUUAAACCUUCUAGAAAAACCACUGAUGCUUCCUGGUUCAACAUCAAUCAACUCAUGCCAAAGCACUACUUCAAGUCUGGAAAGCAUUAUCAUCUAAAACUGUUAUUUCUGGCACUGUCCCAGGAAAGCCAUCCAGCAGGUCACUCACAAAACUUGAUGACACAUUUCUAGGGAAGUAGACCAACUGGACAACAAACUACUGGCUUACUCUCUGGGGAGGAAAGAGAUGUCGAUCAUUAAACCUGGAGAAGUUUCCAUAGGUCUGCUUUGAGGUUUGAUCUGCAACUUUAUAUGCUGAGUGUUAUGCAGGUAUUUUUCCCUUAAAAUAUCCAAAGGGAUUUGAAUGUGAGGUUAGCCAAUUAGCGCAGUCAGGUUCUUCUCCUGAGAAGAGAGGCUGGACACUGUGUUGUAGAGGACCCAUGUCUUCUGGUCAGCCUGAUUUUCCUACAAUGCAAUAUCAAGCCAGAAGGGCUGGUUCUGCUCUCCUGGCCUCUAUUGACUGGUUUGCAAAGCAAGAGUCUGAAAAUUUGUUUCCUAGGAUCAAAUGAGCUCAUUGGAAUGAAAUGGGUUGACUUUCUGCAUUCUGGGCAGUGUGAGAGCAGUGGAGUGUUACAUACCUGGGUACCUCCAGCACCUUGUUCUCUAUCAUAAAUGCUCCCUAAGCAUUUAUCUGAGAGCAAAACUUGGCCCUGAAAUCACUUUUAACUCUGGUUGCCAGGAAACUACAGAGACAGAGAGAGAUGUGCUGUGACUCCUGAACAUAGUGACUGGUUGAGUAGUAGUCUUGAUCAAUACUUGUUGACUAUCAAUUAAUACAAAUCAAUUUCAGCUUCCUCAGUUGAGAGGGUGAGACUCUCAGUAUACUUUCUAACCUGUGCUAGACUGGCCCACACCAGGCCUCCUCCUUGCCUUCAGCUUCCCAAAGCACUCAGUGAUCACCCAGGGAAGGGCGUGGUCACCUCCACCUGGCUCUCCAGAGUCUUCAUAGAGGAAGUGAAGCCUGAAAGAAAGUGGGCAGCCCCAAACUGACCAUGGGGAAAGGGUAGCUCAAAAGGAGGAAUUACCCUUUGCUUAAAGCAGAAAAGAGCGGUUUCUCAUUAACUCCAAAACUAGCUUUACAAGAGAAGCUUCCUUCAACCCACCCUCAGAAAAAUAUGUAUUGGUAAAUCCAGAAUGCUUCAUCAUCCUCUAGCCUGGCUCCAAGAUCAGAAUUAAUAUCCCAUUAAGGAAAUUAAAAUGUACUAUCUGCACUUGUCUCCAGGGUGCAUGAGAGCAGCAAGCAACUCAGAUUUACAGGAAAGGAUUUGCACAAAAGAGGCUGGAGAAACCACUGCCUUUCUCCACUGAAAGGUGGCCUAUGCCAAGGGCCUUCAAAGCUGCCCACAGGGGAUCUGGUGGAUUUGGAAAUUCAUCCAACACAGAAAUGUCCUCAUAUCCUAAGACACUGAAGGCUUUGGGAAAAUACCGUGUCUUUAUUUUGUUAAAAAAUAUAGCUCAAAUCUUUAUUGUUGGUUUUGUUAAAUUUUUAAACAAUUUAUCAAUUUCUGUAUAGAAAGGUACAGCUAAACAUCCCUGGAAGGGCUCAAGUCAGAGCUUCUGUCUGCAAGGCAGUCAGUACCUCCACAGCAAACAUUACUGCACCCUUUUUAAAAGCAAGGUGGAAAAAUGCUUCUUAAGAACAUGUGGUGAUCUUCUACAAGGGGCUAAUGAGAUGCAUUUGAGGAUUUGGGAGAGAGGGAACAUGGCUUAGAAAAUGGCUAAUUUAGAAGGGGAAAGGUUUUGCUGGCUAAAUAUCUCUAAAAAAGCUGAACUCAGAUCAAUUCCACAAACAUUUACUGAGUACCUAAUCGCCCUGGGAACACAGAAAUAAAUUAUCUUAGUCUAGACUUGUUCGUUCUAACUGCUCAGCAUCUCCAUUGUCUGCAGGUCUUUUAAUUUAUUUUGUUUGUAUUAGGUAAUCCAUUAGCUAACUCAAGGCACUUGGAUAUUCUAUUAUUGUGAAAAUGAGUGCCACUUGAUGAAGGAGUAUCAUUAACAAAGUGAUGUGUAUUUACUCUGUGUUUUUUUUUAAUAGCUACUCAAGGACAGUUUUUCAGAAGUAAAUAAGAGAAAGAAACAAAAAUAUCAUCCUAUGUGGGAGAGCAGAAUCAGUAGGUUACUAAAAUUUCUAGUCUUUUUUACUAAAGUACAACAGGGAAAAAAAUAGUGUAUCUUUUCAUUUCCUGAAACAUCUCAGGUUCAGUUCAAUAACAGGGCAUUCCAGAACCCCUGGCUUCAUUUCAAUCUAAGCUGUGUCACCCAGGAGGAAAUUCCAACUCUAUGCUUGUCAAUAAUCCCUCUGGAUGAUAAAAGUUCAACCAGCUCGUUAUGCAUGAGGCACAAUUGUUGCCAGAAUUCUCCUGCCAGGUAUUUUCUCAAGCGCUUACUCAAUCCUGUUUCCAUGAUUGCGACAUUGGGGAUUAAUUUUUAGGACAGGUCUGUAUAUUGUGGACUUUGCAAAACACAUACAGAUGUCUUUUGCCUUUAGAUUUACUGUUUUUCUUUUUAGAGCCAAAGUGCUGGAAUUGUUUUUCCAUUUCAGCAGAAUUUCUUUAGGUGUACAUUGUUAUCUUAGAUAUUAACACCAUUGCAUCAUAUAGGAAACUAUGCCUUUGGAAAAUUCAGUGAACUCUUAACUCCAGAAUCGUUUUGCACCAGUGCUGAGUGUGAUUCAGAACAACCACAUUCAUGCCUGACCCCACCCCCAAUAGCCCUGUUUACAGCUUGCCACGCUCUGAGAUUCACUUGGUCCCAUCUCUUCCAUUGCCCUAUCUUAACAAGAAAAUGCUAUAUCAGCCAGAAUAGAAGUUACUUGUCCUGGACCGCACAAUGAGUUAAUGGAAGAUCUGGAAAUAGAAUUCUGUCUUCCUGACUCAUAAUCCCAGACUAGUUCAAUUCUCCUCUAUCCUUGGAAAAUACCAUCCAAUGUAAUAAGAGGAGAAAUUGAAGGAAGACAGAAAUAUCCUCUAAUACCAGGGGGCAAUAUAGAAGGGAGAGCAGAUGUCACCCAUGUAUCCCCAGAAUCAGCCUCUUUGGUUUCACAGCCAAAUGACUUUCUCUUCCCAAGUAGAAGCUUUUCAGGUAGUGAUUUCUCAGGCACAGGAGAUAUUCAAGCCAAGGACUUAUCAACAAGAAUUUGUAGAAGCCAUUCUUUCAUUUAGGUGACAGAAGUGAAUGAGCCCAAGGAUUCCUGAAGUCUUUUCCAAACCUAUCACUGUGUAACCAUCUUUUAAGAGACUUGUGUGCAUUCUAUUUGCCUGUGAAGAGCCUGGCAGCCUUGUCAAGAGCUCGGUGGUUCCCAGUCUAUAAGCAGCUGUCAUUUCUCACUUGUUCAUACAAAGUGACUGGCAUCUUAGCCAGUAGAGAAAUGUCAUGGGAUUUGAGAGCUGACAUCACCUCCACAGUUUAUCUAUUCCAAGUUAUACCAUUUCAAAGAUGAAGAAAGUCAGGCUGAAAAAGAUGACCUAAGACAGUAGCUAGUUAGAGUACUGAGCCUAGAAUUCCUAUUCUCUGACACCAAGCCCAGCAGUCUCUCAACUUCAUCCAUGAAUCUUCUAUUUUGGAGUAUCUGUCACAUAACAGCACUCACCUAGAUGCUGGACAGCUGAGAGGAAAUGUGACAGGCAAACCUUGCUCUCACGACAUGUAUGCAGGAAGACGGGGAUAUGUCAUGUUGAGUAAACAGAGU